AUGUUUACUUAUACAUCAUAUAAACUAAUAUUAUUAUUAUUUUCAUUACUAUUACUACUAUGUGUACAAAUUUCAUCUGAAAUUGGAUAUAGUGUUAACAGAAGUUUCAUUAUUGAUGACACAACCAAUCAGUUCCUAAAAGAUGGUCAACCCUUUCGAUACGUUGCCGGACAGCUCGAGUACUUUAAAGUGCCGGCAGUUUUAUGGAAAGAUCGGAUGACUAAAUACAAAAUGGCUGGACUUAAUGCCAUACAAAUAUAUGUUGAGUGGAAUUCACACGAACCGGAGGAAGGAAUGUAUCAUUUUGAUGGCGACAACGAUUUAGUCRGUUUCCUGAAGUUGGCCAACGAGUUGGACCUACUGGUGCUCGUAAGAACCGGUCCGUUCAUUGAUGCCGAAAGAGAUAUGGGAGGUCUACCCUAUUGGCUGCUCUCAAAAAAUCCAAAUAUGAAACUUCGGACAUCGGAUCCGUCAUAUCUGACUGUAGUAGACAAAUGGUACGGCCGUUUGUUGCCAAUGUUGAUACCGAUGCUCUACAAAAAUGGUGGACCCGUUAUAAUGGUUCAGAUMGAGAAUGAAUACGGAAGUUAUUUUGCCUGCGAUUUCAAUUAUGUGACACAUCUGCGAGAUUUACACCACAAAUAUCUGGGAAGUGAUGUCCUAUUGUAUACAACUGACGGAAACGAUGACUACUUUUUGAAAUGCGGUAAAAUUGAUAACGUGUUCGCAACGGUCGACUUCGGAUCGGGCAGUGAUGUGAACAAGUCGUUUGUCGCCCAACGCGUACACCAACUGUACGGACCGUAYGUCAACUCCGAGUACUAUACCGGUUGGAUWGAUCACUGGGAAGAGACACACUCGACGGCCACUUCGGCUGCCGUCUGCAAAACAUUAGACCAAAUGCUGGCACUGAACGCAUCGGUAACUUUAUAUCCAAUGCAUGGCGGAACUAAUUUUGGGUUUACUAGUGGCGCCAACAUUGAUGACAAUAGAUAUGACCCGUGUAUUACAAGCUAUGACUUUGAUGCUCCACUCACCGAAUCGGGCGAUCCGACCGCUAAGUACUAUGACGUCCGCAAUGUUAUCGGAAAAUAUCUAACACUACCAGUCGGAACAUUACCCAAACCSGMACCAAAAAUGCAAACCAAACCGCUUGUAAUGCAAGCGUUUCUCAAUCUYUAUGAUGUGAUGACAGCGUUAAAACCAAUUGAAUCGGUUUAUCCGAAAACAUUUGAAUCAUUAAGACUAAGACAGGGAUUCAUAUUGUAUUCAACAACAGUUACGAUCCAUUCAUCAGAUCCGGCAGUGCUUACAGUUAAUGGACUCAGAGAUAGGGCUCAGGUGUUUGUCGAUAAGAUAUAUGCGGGAACUUUGAGCCGUAGCCAAGGUUUAUACAAAUUGGGAUUGAAUAUCGAGUUUGGGUCACAAUUGGAUAUAUUUGUUGAAAAUCAAGGACGACCUGCUUAUGGCAAAGAAAUUAAUGAAUUAAAAGGAAUCACAGCAAAUGUUACAUUAGGACCGGUUAUACUAAAAGAUUGGUCACACUAUCUAUUAUUCAGUGAUUGGCAACAAUAUAUCGCUAGCAUUGCCACCAAUAGUACGACUACUUUGUUAUCCGACACUAACUAUACUUCUGUCGACAGAAUUCCUACAUUUUUUAUGACUGAAUUUGUUUUGCCGAACGACUCGACACUACCAUUGGAUUCAUUCCUACGUUUGGACGGUUGGCGUAAAGGACUGGCAUUUUUGAAUGGUUUCAAUUUGGGCCGCUAUUGGACUGUUGGUCCACAGCUGACAUUGUAUACACCCAGACAUCUGUUUAAACCAUAUCCGAURACAAACUCAUUGGUAGUGUUUGAAUUGGAGCGGUCGGCGCCAAACACGACUGUCCAGUUUGUAGCUAACAGUGUAUUGAACGCCACCACUCCGUACACAACAAUUUAAAAAUACAUUACUUAAACAACAAAAAUAAAUAAAAUCGAUUAACAAAUUUAUUAAUAUUUUUUGUGCAAAACUUUUUUUU